AUGUCAGAGGAAGAGGCUAAAGACUUAUUUGUUAAAAAGGUUCCAUUUGAGACAUACGGAGAGAUUCAAACUAUUUUGGAUCCAAAUAUGAUAAAUAGUUCAGAGGUAUCAUUAGAUAAAGUAUUUGAAUUAUUUACUGAUUUAUAUCGAUAUUAUAAAAGUAUCAAAGAUAUAUUUUAUUACUUAUAUUGUUAUAUAUAUAUAAUCCUAUCUUAUUUAAAAAAUAAUUAUACAUCAUUAUUUAUUAAAGCUGCACUUUUUAUGAUUGUUUUUCCACCUGAUGAAAAAUUUAGAGGAGCUAGACUUCAUCGUAUUGGAAUUGAAGGGCAUACAUUAUACCUAGCUCCAUCUAGAUCACAAUAUAUAGAAAUUUGGAAAUGUCAUUGUUUGAUUCCAAAUUCAUGGGAAAAUAUUGUUAAGAUACAUUUUAAAGAAUUGAUUUUUAAAGUUUAUGGUUUUGAUAAAAUUAAUGAAAUAAUAUAUUGUUUAUGUAUUGGAAUUUUGGAUGAUCAAGAAUAUCCUGAAAUAAUAUUAAUAAAAAUAGAUCCAUUAAAAUUUAAUUCAUAUAUGAUGGUAAAAUUAGAUGUAGAUAGUGGAGAUGAAUUUGAAAGUAAUGUAUUAUUAGAUAAUAUAUCAAUGACUUCAUCUGGUGGUAGAUUAUUUAUGUAUGAUAGUAGUAUUGUAAAAGGAGACAUUCCUUAUUGGGAAAUAAAAAUUACCGAGAAUGAGACAUUCAAAAUUAUUAAUCAAAAAAUUAUUGAUAAAGAAAGUGAGGAAAGAAAAAAUUUAUUGUCAACUAGAUUUCCAGUUAUUUUAGAUGCCAAAGAAAGAAAAAUUUUAAGAUUUACAAAUACUUCUUCUGUUUUGAUUUAUGAUAAAGAUAUAGAAGAUUGGGUAGAAUAUACAAUAUCUAUAAAUAAUGAUUUAAAUCCUAGUUUAAUAGAAAAUAAAGGUUUAAAAGAAUCUUAUGGAUCUAUGGGUCACCGAGUGAAAGCUGUAGAAUCAAAACUUCAAAUUGUUUCAGAUGGUAGUUAUGUAGUAGGAAAUGUUUUAGAUAAACAUAAAUAUCAUUUUUAUGAAUUUCAAGUUAAUGAAAAGAAAAAAGAAUAUUCUUUUAAAAUUUUAUCAUGUUUUAAAUGGAAUCAAGAUUAUUUUAAAAUGUUUUAUCCUAUGAUUGGAAAUGAUAAAAUAAUUUUUAUUAGUGAUGCAACAAUUACAAUAGUUCCAUUAAAACCAUUAUGUUUAUGUGAAGCUAUGUUUUGGCAAUAUCAAACAUUACAUUGUAAGAUGUCAGAUGAUAAUGUUUAUGUUGGUGGUAUAAGUCAAGAAGAUAUGAAAAAUAUCAUUGGUUGUAAAGGUAUAAAAAGUUUAGUAUAA